CAGCAACUUUUCUUCGCCUUUGUUCCGUCCGCUUCCCCCCUGCUUCCUCAGACCCUACCCCUCAACCCCCCCAACACUUCUCUUCUUCUCCUCGCAACCUGCUUCCAUCCUAUAAAUCAUCCCCCCCGCGUCCCGGCGUCCAUCCUAUUAUCGACAUUCCAUCCUACCCGAAAAAAAUCUAGCAACCACGUUUUCCUCCCGCUUCUUCAGAUUUGCUCCUCUCCGGCCGUUGCUGGGAAUCGCCUUUACCGCCUCGUCCGCAGUCCCCCUCCGACCGCCGUCUCCGUCUUCUCUGCAUCCUAGCCUGCAAAAACAGAGCCGCAACAUGCACAGCAAAGUAGUCAUUAUUGGGUCUGGCCCCGCCGCCCACACCGCUGCGGUGUACCUGGCCCGUGCCGAACUGAAACCGGUCCUCUACGAGGGUAUGCUCGCGAACGGAAUCGCCGCCGGCGGUCAAUUGACGACCACCACCGACGUCGAGAAUUUCCCUGGCUUCCCCAACGGAAUUGGCGGACAAGAGCUCAUGGAAAACAUGAGGGCCCAGAGCGAGAGGUUCGGAACCGAGAUCAUCACCGAGACGGUCUCCAAGCUCGACCUGUCCGACCGGCCGUUCAAGUACUGGAUCGAAGGUGAGGAGAGCGGCGCGCCCAACACCGCCGACACUGUCAUCCUGGCUACCGGCGCGUCGGCGAGACGGUUGGGUCUGCUCGGAGAGGAGACCUACUGGCAGGCGGGAAUCAGUGCUUGUGCCGUGUGCGACGGCGCCGUUCCCAUCUUCAGGAACAAGCCGUUGGCGGUCAUCGGAGGUGGCGACUCGGCGGCGGAGGAGGCCAUCUUCUUGACCAAGUACGGCAGCAAGGUGACCGUGCUGGUGCGUAAAGACAAGCUCAGGGCGUCCAACAUCAUGGCUAAGCGUCUCUCGGCCCACCCCAAGGUCGAGAUCAAGUACAACACCGUGGCGGAGGAGUGCUUGGGCAACGGAAAGCUCUUGGGCACGCUCAAGAUCAAGAAUGUCGUCACUGGCGAGAUUGAGGAGAUGGAUGCCAACGGACUGUUCUACGCCGUAGGACACGAGCCGGCCACAUCGCUCGUCAAGGGACAGGUCCAGUGUGACGAGGAGGGCUACAUCAUCACCCAGCCCGGAACUUCGUAUACCAACAUCAAGGGAGUGUUCGCCGCCGGCGACGUGCAGGACAAGCGGUAUAGACAGGCCAUCACCAGCGCAGGAUCCGGAUGCAUUGCUGCUUUGGAGUGCGAGCGGCUUCUGGCCGAGGAGGAGGAGGACGAGGCUGUGCCAGUAGUCGAAGCAGAGAAGAGCGUGACCAAUGGUGUUGCCCCGGAAUACAAGUCCAACCCCAUGAUCUAAUCUAAAUGACACGGCUUUCUUCUUCUUGUUCAUUGUGUUUCUUGUUAUGUUUUAUUCUGGCUUGGGAGUUGCUUUUCGAUGGUGUUGAUUAAAAGAACGAAAGGGAUUUGAAGGAAGGGGAAGAAGCGUGUGGGCAAACUUGUAAUUAUUUUCGGCCCCCUGUUUCUUCCUCUUUUUUUCCUUCCUUCCUUC